AUGUUCGGCCUUGAUAAUGCUUAUCUGCUACCGGAGCUCCUCCUCAUGAUAGUCACAAAAAUGCACCCAGACUACCGUGACCUUCUUCGGCUUGCGUCCGUCAGCACAGAGUGGCGUUCCUUCGUCUACGGUUGGAAUCAGCUUCGUAAAAUGAUCUUCCUCCCUUUAUCGCGUGGAGGUAUAGAUGCGAAAGAGAUUCGUCUCACUCCUGUAAACUUCACAACUACCGCCUCGAUCCAUUUGGAUAACCCCUGGAAGACUUUGGGCAGAGCCUCGUUCGACGGCUUCAGGAAAAUUACCCCUUGGGAUAUCGCCGAAAUACACCCGCUCGUGUACAGAUUUUGUGUGGACGGAUUUGAUUUAAGUUAUUUGGAUGGCCUAUCUGAAACUGUCACAUGCCCAUACACAUCAGGUCGAACCCUCAAAUUGAGCUAUCAAUUCUUCAGAGACUUUGAGGUGUUUCCUGAGCAUUCAUCACGUGUCAGUAAACAGGGGUUGACAGCUCGAAAAGCAGCAGAAGCAGAAGCAGAAGCGGCGAGGCUCAAAGAUGAAGAGAAGGGCAGAAGCACGACUGCUCGCUUUGAGAAUGCAGCAUGCAAGGAGCCACGGGGAUCUGUUCGCUUUCCAGGUAGACCAAGAGACGCAAAGGGUGAAAAGAAGCUCGCCAAAGCACAAUACUACACGAUCACGAUUGCCACGGGCUUCAUCUGUCUGCUCGUGUGCUUCCACUCAGCUCGGGAACAUGGUGCCAUUAUCGUCAGCGCGUUUUCCAAUCCUAUGGUGGAUUCGACUGACGAUUGA